CAGUUUCUGUUUCGGCUCUACAUACAACAUGAUUGAACUUAUCCAACCUGCGUGCUGGUGUCGUAGAGGUGCCUGUGGCCGUAAGACAAUGAUCCGGUAGCAAGUUGUAUCAGUGGACAACAUGUCCCAACCCUUCGCUCUACCCAAUUCCACACCAGGACACGGAACGAUACAUCUAGCCUUGUUGGCUCCCGACACACCAAAACUGCGUACAGUCAACUACCAGUACCCUCUGAAGCUGGUCGCUCCUCUACCAGUCAGGACCGACAACGAAGCUGCCACCCUGGUCCAUACAGUCUACUUGCUCACUUAUGGAGGUGGACUUGUGGCCGGCGAUGCUAUCGACCUCGGCGUCACUCUGGAGGCUCGUACUCGCCUCACACUCCUCACGCAGGGCAGCACCAAGCUGUUCAAAUCACCAAGCCAAGACGUGGUCAGCCGGCAAGCUAUGACUGUCACUCUCGCGCCGGGAUCAGCCCUGUGCUACCUGCCAGAUCCGGUUCAGCCAUUUAGAAACAGCAGCUUCGAGCAGCUGCAGAAGUACAACAUUAUCGUAACUGAGUCUACCGGAAAUUCUUCAUGCGACGGUAAUAAAGGCAGCCUAUGCGUCCUGGACUGGGUUUCCAACGGUCGGCCUGCGAACGGCGAAGACUGGUCCUUUUUCCGCUAUGGUAGCCGUAACGAAGUACACAUCAGUCAACCCAAUGGCGUGCACAAGCUGUUGCUACGGGACAAUAUGGUCCUCAAUUCUCAGCAUAUCAGUGGUAGUAUGGCUCACAGGAUGGACGGCCUAGCCGUGUAUGGAACGCUGAUACUGUAUGGUGACAUGUUCGCUGCUUUGAGCACAUUCUUCCUUAGGGAGUUCAAGGCUUUGCCUAGGAUUGGCAAUCGAAAGUGGGAUAGUGGCAGCGAUGACGAGGAAAGGUUGAUGGAUCCUGCGCUUGUGAAGAGACUCAGAAGACAACAGAUGGAGGCGAACAGCAAAGUAUUGUGGUCUGCUGCUUCCGUCCGUGGUAGCGUCGUGGUGAAAUUUGGGGCGCCCACUGUCGAAGCUGGUCGACGCUGGCUAUGGACUAUGCUGAGCGACGAGGGCAGCGUUGUGGAACAAUUUGGGGAGCGAGCACUACUGUGCUUACGAUAGGGACCGGGAUCGCGCGUCGAUCUUGUCAUUGAGCUGUUCGCAUGCUAAGUUCAUGAACGGAUUUCCGCCCAAACAUACAUACAUUGCCUUUCGUACAUCUUGAAGGACUUUGUAUCGCUCCUCGCAAUCAGCAUGGCAUGAUAGCCGAAAUGGAUCCCGGUAAUCGCGAAU